AUGACUGGUGCAGGUUUCCACAAAGAAAUGUAUAAUUUUGGUAACUUACCAAAUCAGCAAUCUGAAAUUGCUUCAGAUGGAACUAUUUGGACGAGAAUUGAAAAAAAAGGUUUUGCUGGUAAACUACCAGUUCAUGGUGCUUUCAAAGAUGUACAUUGGCUAACAGCACAUGCUAAAGAAACAUUAUUGAACAAGGAUUUAAGUAGUGCGUUCAUAUUACUGAUUGAAAACCAUAUGUUGGAACAUAUACGAAUUUGUUCAGAGUUAGAAGCCUCUCGAGUUUUGGGGAAAAACUUGACAAUUACGCAAGAAAAAUUGAAAGCAUUUCUUGCAAUAUUGUACGCACGUGGGGUGGACGAAGAAAAUAGUUUGAGGCUUUAA